CGAGGGAAGGCUCGGGACCGUUUCCCAGCGUGCUCUGCGGGAGGGCUCGCCCCACUUCACCCCCUUUUCAGGCAGCCUCCCGAGGGGGAGACUACAACUCCCAGCGUCCUCCCUGCGGCGGCGGCGGCGCGGACGUCGCCCGGGCCCCGCCCCUCGGCCCCGCCCCGCCCCCGCCCGCCGAAGUCUGCGCGCGAAUUCAGUGGCGCGAAUUUGGGGCCGCAGUCGAGCGCCGAGUGGUUCCGGGUGUGGCGCCCAGGACAGCGGCGCGCGGAGCCGGCGCGAGGGGCAGCUGACGGGAGAGGAGGAGGCGGAGGAGAGGGGAGGGGAGAAUUCUGACGCCAUCAUGCAGCGAAGUAUCAUGUCAUUUUUCCACCCCAAGAAAGAGGGCAAAGCAAAGAAGCCAGAGAAGGAAGCGUCCAACGGCAUCAGAGAGACGGAACCCCCUCCAAAGGUGGCGCUGAAGGAGCGGAAUGGAGUGGUGCCUGAGGGCGACUCUCCAGUGAAGAGGCCAGGGAGGAAGGCAGCCCGGGUCCUGGGCAGCGAAGGGGAGGAGGAGGACGAGGCCCUCACGCCCCACAAAGACCAGAAGCCUGCCCCGGACUCUCCGAAAGUCUCCCCUCCCAGUCCCGAGAGCACCCCUGCCCUCUGCAGCGCCUCUCCUGCACGCGUCUCCCCGUCAGGGAUCCCGAAGCGCCGCACAGCUCGGAAGCAGCUUCCUAAACGGGCGAUUCAGGAUGUCCUGGAAGAUCAGAGCGAGGACGAGGACAGGGAAGCCAAGAGGAAGAAGGAGGAAGACGAAGCAGAGACCCCGACAGAAAGCCUCACAGAGCCUGAAGUGGCCAAAAGGAAGGAAGUAGAAGAGAAGGACCGGCCCACGAUGCCCCCAGAGCUCCCAGAGAACUCCACAGAGGCCCCGACGGACAGCGUUGCCGAGCCUGAGGGGGCCGUGAAGCAGGAGCCGCAGGAGGACCAGCCUCAGCCUCCUCCCAGAGCCCCCAAGACGCUCAGCAGCUUCUUCGCCCCCCGGAAGCCUGCAGUCAAAAAAGAAGUGAAAGAAGAGGAGGGGUCCGGUGCCCUGAGAAAGGAGGAGACCAAGGGACCCCUGGACCCUCCCAGCUACAAUCCUGCCAAGAACAACUACCAUCCCGUUGAAGACGCCUGCUGGAAGCCGGGCCAGAAGGUCCCUUAUCUGGCGGUGGCCCGGACGUUCGAGAAGAUCGAGGAGGUUUCUGCGCGGCUCCGGAUGGUGGAGACGCUGAGCAACUUGCUGCGCUCCGUGGUGGCCCUGUCACCCCCAGACCUGCUCCCCAUCCUCUACCUCAGCCUCAACCGCCUUGGGCCACCCCAGCAGGGCCUGGAGCUUGGCAUCGGGGACGGCAUCCUUCUCAAGGCCGUGGCGCAGGCCACAGGUCGGCAGCUUGAGUCUGUCCGGGCUGAGGCUGCCGAGAAGGGCGACGUGGGGCUGGUGGCCGAGAGCAGCCGCAGCACACAGAGGCUCAUGCUUCCCCCGCCUGCCCUCACCGCCUCUGGGGUCUUCACCAAGUUCCAGGACAUCGCCCGGCUCGCUGGCAGCGCUUCCACAACCAAGAAGAUGGAUGUCAUCAAAGGCCUCUUUGUUGCCUGCCGCCACUCAGAAGCCCGGUUCAUCGCCAGGGCCCUGAGUGGACGGCUGCGCCUCGGGCUGGCAGAGCAGUCGGUGUUGGCUGCCCUGGCCCAGGCCGUGAGCCUCACACCCCCAGGCCAAGAAUUCCCCCCGGCCGUGGUGGAUGCUGGGAAGGGCAAGACACCAGAGGCCAGAAAAACAUGGCUGGAGGAGCAAGGCAUGAUCCUGAAGCAGACGUUCUGUGAGGUGCCCGACCUGGACCGGAUCGUCCCCGUGCUGCUGGAGCAUGGCCUGGAACGCCUCCCGGAGCACUGCAGGCUGAGCCCAGGGGUCCCCCUGAAACCAAUGUUGGCACACCCCACCCGGGGCGUCAGUGAGGUCCUGAAACGCUUCGAGGAGGCAGCCUUCACCUGCGAGUACAAAUACGAUGGGCAGAGGGCGCAGAUCCAUGUCCUGGAAGGCGGGGAGGUGAAAAUCUUCAGCAGGAAUCAGGAGGACAAUACCGGAAAGUACCCCGACGUCAUCAGCCGCAUCCCCAAGAUUAAACUCCCGUCAGUCACGUCCUUCAUCCUGGACACUGAAGCCGUGGCCUGGGACCGGGAAAAGAAGCAGAUCCAGCCAUUCCAAGUGCUCACCACCCGCAAGCGCAAGGAGGUGGACGCCGCGGAGAUACAGGUGCAGGUGUGUCUGUACGCCUUCGACCUCAUCUACCUCAAUGGAGAGUCCCUGGUGCGGGAGCCCCUUUCCCGACGCCGGCAGCUGCUUCGGGAGAACUUCGUGGAGACGGAGGGCGAGUUCGUCUUUGCCACCUCCCUGGACACCAAGGACACGGACCAGAUCGCCGAGUUCCUGGAGCAGUCGGUGAAAGACUCCUGCGAGGGGCUCAUGGUGAAAACCCUGGAUGUCGACGCCACCUACGAGAUCGCCAAGAGGUCGCACAACUGGCUCAAGCUGAAGAAGGACUACCUCGAUGGCGUGGGCGACACCCUGGACCUCGUGGUGAUCGGCGCCUACCUGGGCCGGGGGAAGCGGGCCGGCCGCUACGGGGGCUUCCUGCUGGCCUGCUACGACGAGGAGAGUGAGGAGCUGCAGGCCAUAUGCAAGCUUGGCACUGGCUUCAGCGACGAGGAGCUGGAGGAGCAUCACCAGAGCCUGCAGGCCCUGGUGCUGCCCAGCCCGCGCCCCUAUGUCCGGGCGGACGGCGCCGUGGCCCCCGACCACUGGCUGGACCCCAGCGCCGUGUGGGAGGUGAAGUGCGCCGACCUGUCCCUCUCCCCCAUCUACCCCGCGGCCCGGGGCAUGGUUUAAAAUGCCUCGGCUCACAUCUCUGACUCGUGUUCAGUCCUCAGCACCCGCUAAGGGACCCCUGUGCCCAGGGAAGAUGCUGCCUGAGACCAGCACUCGAAAAGCUCUCAGCCUCCUCCUACAGGAAAAGAAUCAGUCUCACAUUAAAAAUUUACCUUUCUGGGGCCGCCCCCGUGGCCAAAUCGUUAAGUUCGUGUGCUCUGCUUCGGUGGCCCGGGGUUCGUGGGUUUGGAUCCUGGGUGUGGACCUACACACUGCUCAUCAAGCCAUGCUGUGGCAGCAUCCCACACAGAAGAACUAGAAUGAGUAAAAUCUGGGAUAUACAGCUGUGCACUGGGGCUUUGGGGAGAGAAAAAAAAAAAGUUGGCAACAGAUGUUAGCUCAAGGCCACUCUUCUUCACCAAGAAGCAUACUUAAAAAAAAAGUGUACCUUUCUUUGAGAUUUCUUUCCACCCCUCCAGGUUUAGCUACCAUGCACUUUUCUGAUUAGAAGCAGACAUCCAUUUAAAGGGGGAAUUCUUUUUCUUUUUAUUUUUUGCUGGGAAUGAUUCACCCUGAACUAACAUCUGU